AUGGCGGACGAGAAGCAUAUCAUCGUGCCACAGGCUUCAACGCCAGCUGCUGACACAAGCGAUUGGCCACUGCUGCUGAAGAACUAUGACAAACUGCUCGUGAGAACAGGUCAUUUCACACCAAUCCCCCAUGGCUGCAAACCUCACAUGCGAGACAUCAAGAGUUAUGUCUCUUCUGGAGUCAUUAACCUCGACAAGCCCUCGAACCCCUCCUCCCACGAAGUUGUCGCCUGGGUGAAGCGCAUGCUCCGUGUCGAGAAGACUGGCCACAGCGGUACCCUCGAUCCCAAAGUCACGGGCUGUCUGAUUGUCUGCAUUGACCGCGCUACCCGCCUCGUCAAGUCUCAACAAGGUGCCGGAAAGGAGUACGUGGCCGUCGUGCGGUUCCACGACAAGGUCCCUGGCGGUGAGGCAGAGUUUGCCCGUGUCCUCGAGCAGCUCACCGGUUCACUCUUCCAGCGGCCCCCCCUGAUCUCUGCCGUCAAGCGACAGCUGCGUAUUCGUACCAUCUACGAGUCCAAGCUUAUCGAGUUCGACAAUGACCGCCACCUCGGUGUCUUCUGGGUCAGCUGCGAGGCCGGCACCUACAUUCGGACACUCUGCGUGCACAUGGGACUUCUUCUUGGUGUGGGUGCGCACAUGCAGGAGCUGCGGCGUGUGCGCUCUGGUGCCAUGGACGAGACCAAGGAUUUGGUCACGUUGCAUGAUGUUCUGGAUGCCCAGUGGCAAUAUGACAACAACCGUGACGAGACCUACCUUCGACAGGUGAUCCAGCCUCUCGAGACCCUCCUCGUUGGCUACAAGCGGCUCGUCGUCAAGGACAGCGCGGUGAACGCCAUUACCUAUGGUGCGAAGCUGAUGUUGCCGGGCCUGCUGCGAUACGAGUCCAACAUUGAACAGCACGAGGAGUGCGUCCUGAUCACCACCAAGGGCGAGGCCAUCGCCAUCGGUAUUGCCAUGAUGUCCGCUGUCGAGAUGACCACUUGCGACCACGGCGUCGUCGCCAAGGUUAAGCGGUGUAUCAUGGAGCGCGAUCUGUACCCUCGACGCUGGGGUCUUGGCCCAACUGCCGCAGAGAAGAAGAAGCUGAAGGCCGAUGGUAAGCUUGACAAGUACGGCAGGCCCAACGAGGCCACACCCGCAAAGUGGACCGAGUCGUACACAGACUACAGCGCCGCCGAAGCCCAGGGCACACCUGCGAAGCCCACCGAGGCUGCGUCCUCAGAUCUCCCCAAGGCCGUCGCGCCGCCUGUCGUUGUAGCCAACCCCGAGACGCCCAGCAAGGAUGGCGAGGCCAAGAAGCGGAAGAAGCACGAAGGCGAGACUCCCGAGGAGAAGGCAGAGCGCAAGCGGAGGAAGGCGGAGAAGAAGGCCAAGAAGGCUUCCAAGGGCGAGGAUGACAGUGACUAG